GGCCGCGAGGAAGUCGCAAGAUGGCCGCUGUCUCCUGGAAGUAACGUUCCCCUCCGCAACAUGAAGCCGUGAGCGUGGAAGAAAGCGAGGGAGGCACCGACGGGCUUUUAUUUUUAUUUUCUUUUAGUUCUUUUUCUUUUCUUUCGUCAACCAUCAUCUCAUUCCGCGUCGUGUCCGCCUGGGACUCGUGUUCGGCAGCUGACGCGUCAAAUCACGCCGGGGACCCUGCCAGCAGCUAACGGCUAACAGCUAACCGUUAGCACCAGCAGCUCGCCUCACAGAUCCGUCAGAGCUGCUUCUGGUGAACGAUGGCAGCAGGAAACGUGUUGAACUCUCCCCGCCUGUAGCUGCACUGGCCCCGCUGACAUGUCACCAGACCCCCGCAGGGGUGGACAGUAACCCGAGCAGCUACGACCUCGACUCAGCGUAGAUUCUCAUAUCUGUAUUCUGGAAGAAUUGGCUGAGGUGCACGGUGACUCGUCUCACUAGAAGUUAACCAAACUAGUUAGUCACUACAUCGGAGAGCAGUUAGCUUGCUAGCUGCUGUCUCGCCCCACGUCACAGCACAAACACGGCGUACAGGACGUAUUCCGAGCCCGCUCCCGGCCACACGCACCGGCUCAACAACACCGUCAUGGGAGUGCAGGGUUUUCAAGAGUAUUUAGAGAAGCGGUGUCCCGGGGCCGCGGUCCCGGUGGACCUCCUGAAGCUCGCCCGUUCCGCGGCCCGCCAGCCCCCUCACCACCAUCAUCCACACCACCACCCACAUCACCCCGGGCCCAUGCCUCCCCCGCCCCCGCCUGCAAGGAUCCUGAUCGACGCGGACUCCGGCCUGCAGCGCCUCUACGGCGGUUACCAGACGGACUGGGUGUGCGGGGGCGAGUGGAACGCCAUGCUGGGCUACCUGGCUGCCCUGUCACAGGCCUGCCUGUACCAGGGUGGCCUGGAGCUCGUCGUGGUUUUCAAUGGCACACUGGGGAAGGAGCGCUGGCCCGAGUGGGCGCGGCGAGCUCAGGGCCAGAGACAGACGGCGCAGCUGAUCGUCAACCACGUCGGCAGCAAGGCCACCCCGCCUCCCCGGGCAUGGUUCCUACCCCCGGCCUGCCUCAGCCACUGCGUCCGCCUGGCCAUGUUCCGCUUCCGAGUGCGGGUUGUACAGACUUUGGAGGACCACCACCAGGAGGUGCUGUCUCUCUACAGAGACUAUGCAUUUGCUGGUCUGAUUGCUCAGGAUUCUGAGUUUGCCCUCUGCAACGUUCCUGCCUACUUCUCCUCGCACGCGCUCAAACUGAGCUGGAACGGCAAAAACCUGACCACACACCAGUACCUGCUGUCUGAGGCCGCCAGGCAGCUGGGGCUGAAGACGCAGCACCUGCCCUGCUUUGCUGCUCUGCUGGGAAAUCAUAUUCUGCCCGAUGAGGACCUGGCUGCCUUCCACUGGAGUCUGCUGGGACCAGAACACCCACUAGCUUCUCUCAAGGUGCGAGCUCAUCAGUUGGUGCUGCCGCCCUGUGAGGUGGUGAUCAAGGCGGUCUCAGAGUACGUUUCCUCCAUCAAGGACCUGGGAAACCUCGACGCCAUCGCCAGAGAUGUCUUCAAACAGUCACAGUCUCGUAUGGAGGACAAGGUGGAGCGAUUUAAGAAAGCUGUGGAGUAUUUCUCAGCUGCCUCAAAACCACGUUCACCCAGUAUGGGGCCCUCUGCUUUCAUCUUACCUGGGUUUGGACCCGCUCCGUUUGGGGGACCACCUGGCCACAUGGGACCGAUGCAGCCUGGAAAGAAUCAGUUCCCUCCUCCCCAGGUUCCAGGAUUCAAACCACCCUAUCAAAAUGCUCCAUAUGGACCUGGCCCCACCCCCCUGUUCCAAAACCCGCCUCCACCGUCUCAAGACUGCAACGACUCGUUGACGGGCAAGAUGGGAUUCACUGACUGGUCAGCUCCCUAUGAUUCCACUCAGGUGGGAAGUCGAUUACCCAAUCAUCACACGGGCAAUCAAUCUGGGCCGUCUCCGUCGCCUUCCUCGUCAUCAGAUGGAGAUGAGCCCAAUGACAGCAACGCAAACCAUUUGACAGACAAACCCUCACGGUGGGAUGAUUCUGCUGGAAGGGGGGGCUCAGCCUCUGGGAAUGGUUCUCAAGGCAAUGGGAGCGGAUCAAACAUUCCGUCACUUCUGUCUAUGGCGACGCGGAGUCACAUGGACAUAACCACACCCCCUCUGCCUCAGGUCAGUGCUGAGGUUCUUCGUGUAGCUGAACACAGACACAGAAGAGGAUUGAUGUACCCACAGAUUUACCACAUAUUGACCAAGGGAGAGAUGAAGAUGCCAGUGUGUAUAGAAGAUGAGUGUAACUCUGAGCUGCCUCCUGCCUCGCUGCUAUUCCGUGCUGCCAGACAGUAUGCCUACGGCGUCCUCUUCAGUCUGGCCGAAACACACCGCCGCCUGGAGAGGCUUGCAAUCCGAAAGAGGGCUCCCCUGGAAGUUCCUCCUGUGAUUGUCAAAGAGUGGAGUAGUGGUAAGGCUAAGUCUGCCCUGACUCCAGAGCUGGUUCCGGCCCUUUGUUUCCGGGAGUGGACCUGCCCCAACCUGCGGCGUCUGUGGUUGGGUCGGGCCAGUGAGGACCGCUCCAGGAGAACUAGGGCCUUCCUGGCCUGCCUUCGCUCCGACUGCCCAGCGUUACUCAACCCAGCACAGGUUCCACAGCAUCUGCUGCUCAUGUGCUGCGUGCUCAGGUAUUUGAUGCAGUGGCCUGGAGGAAGGAUCCUGCAGAGACAUGAGCUUGAUGCCUUCCUGGCCCAGGCCGUUUCUAGCCAGCUCUAUGAACCCGACCAGCUACAGGAGCUGAAGGUGGAGAAGGUGGAUGCCCGUGGUGUGCAGCUGGCUGCUCUCUUUAUGGCCGGCGUUGACACAGCGCUUUUCAUCAAUGACGUGUGUGGCCAACCGUUGCCGUGGGAACACUGUUGUCCCUGGGGCUUCUUUGAUGGAAAACUGUUUCAGAGCAAACUGGCCCGGGCCUCCCGCGACCGGGCCGCCCUGCUGGACAUGUGUGAGGGGCAGGAGGAGCUGGUGUCCAAGGUGGAGAAGAUGCGUCAGGCGAUCCUUGAGGGCAUCAACCUGUCCCGUCCCCCUCCUCCCCCUCCUCUCCCACCCCCUGCCUUCCCCCCUGCUAUGGUACCCCCAUUCUACCCCAUGCCUCCUCUCUACCCGCCUCGCCCCAUGGGUGGAAUGCCCCCACAUCAUCACCCACAUCACCCCGCCCAGCACAGACCGAGAGCCUUCCCAGGUAUUCAGUCCAUCCCCCCUCAGGGUGGAAAACUGGAGAUAGCUGGGAUGGUGGUGGGACAGUGGGCCGGGAACAAACCACUACGUGGGAGAGGAGGCUUCAACAUGCAGGUGGUUUCAGUCGGAGCAGGGAAAGGGAGAGGUAAAGAGAUUCCAGCUAAACUAAGGGGAGGGAAAAAGGCACCUGCCAACAGAACACAGAUGUCAUCGUCCCCCCCAGCCAGCAGCCCCCCAAAGCCCUCAGAGGAGGCAGGCUCCACGUCAGAGGUCGCAAUACAGCAGCUGAACGGCAGCUCAGCGGCCUCCGCCAUUGGCCAAUCCUUGGAGCUGGCCCCCCUGGCCCAGCCAAUCCCUUGUGCCUUAGCCAGCAGAGACAACCAAUCAGAGGGGGUGGAAGUGGAGGCCCCCUGUUGCCUUGACGACUGCCCGUCAGACGGAGCACUACAGAAGGAGGAGUGAUGGCAUCCUUCCUGGGAUGUGCAGCUCUGAGAGAGUUAUGUGUUUGACUGCCUUUCCCUGUUUUUGUAGCCCCGCCUCCUAACUGCACAUGAUCACAUGAAGCAGGAGGUGACUCGAGGCUCCUCCUCCUACUCCCUGCUGCAUGUGAUUGGCUGAAGCAGUUAGCCGUUACUCCCUUUUUAGUUUUCUCAUGUGGUUUUACAUUGUUUUAUGAAGAGAGGUUUUCUCUGAGUCUGUAAGCGCCCCACCCCUCAAAAAAUCCUAAAUGCCUCCUUCUCGCACUCAGAGUAAAAUAAGCUUGAAGCCCUGCCCCAUAAUACGACCUGCCAUCUUAAACAAGCCCCCCCUCUUAAGUAUGGAUAUCAGUACAGUUUUAAGUUUCUUAUUUUUGCUUUUUUCAAUGGUACCAUUGUGUGAAUCACUGCACACAGAUGUUAAGUUUGUGGUUACUGUGACAGAUUGGAUGUGGUUUCUAUGGUUACAGGUUCUUUGCCUGGUCACCAUGGUUGGUAUUUGUGCGUUGAUUCGGUUUGUUGCCAUAGCCGUCUCGUGUGAGGUUUCAGAGUGAUGUUCCGUUCUGCUGUGCAGUGACCCUUGUUCCCCCGCUACUCUGCAGGCUAGCCUCAUUGCUACCCACAGUGUUAGCAUACAAGCUAACAGCAAAGCCCAUUUUAUAGUUUGAUUGGUUAUCUAUCACUGGAGCACUUCUGCACCACCAUGGUAUUAGCGUGCUAUUUUACUUUGACCUAUGUAGCAUAGCCUAGUUCUUAGCUGUGCUAAGAGACCCUGGAGUUUAUGCACCUUAAGCCCUUAAGUAUGCAAGAUUAUACCCUGCUCCAAAAAAAGUGCAUUAUUAAAUUAUCUUCCCAUGCCCUUGUCCCUUUAUCCCAAAGCUUUGAUUGUAUUAUCCCAACAGAAGCACUUAAUGUUGUAUUUAAAUAUAAUGAAAUUGAACCAGCCCCUGUACAGUUGAAUUGACAGUCUGUGAGGGUGUAUUUACCUGCGCCUAAGUAAAUCAUUAUGACAUAUAGUACUACGCUUAAAGGUAGAGAUCUAUGUGAGAGACGUCAGAAUGUGAAGAGUGGUUUCAGACAAAGAGGCACUUUGUUUUAAAACUUUUAAACCACACUGGACAGUCCUCUACUAAGUGAUAAAGAAAUGAAACAACUAUGAGGCACCUUCUGGAGUUAAGGCCAAAAAGAAAAGAAUAAUGCUGCCCAGCAAAAGAUGGAGCUGAAUAAUGAGGGCUCUGCCCAUUGCCGCCAGUUCCCUUCAGGCUGGUCUUACACAUUCAAUCAAGAACUUUGCAACGAGGCUGAACAGGCCCCUGAUUGCCGUGUAGAGGAUUCCCAGGAAAUCAUUUCACAUUUCUACAAAGUUAUUUCCAAAGUGUAUUUUAAAGGCUCGCCAACUGAGGCAGCCACUGAUAUAUAUAAACGGGGUGUGGCAUCAAAAGCCUCAAAGAUCCCUCCACCCUUGGCUGGUGAUUAAUUGAGCAACUGUUGUCACGACAACCCAACACCACGAGCUGUUGCCCUGCAGAGCUCUGGUGCGUCACUUUAUACCGGCAGGAAGCACUUCUCUGCCCUGAAGCUCCUCGGCUUCACGGUUUGAUCACAUGACAAAGGAGAGGGAGCCGGCAUGGCCGCCCUGAGUAUGCCGCUCACAAUCUGAGACCUGCAACAUACUGAACUGUUUUAUCAGAGCACUUAUGUUUGUUGUGAAUGAGAUGUGUCCCCACAUUAGGUUUCAACUGAUAAUGAAAAACAAGUUAUUUACUUCUUACCGAUGAUUGGUAGCACAACUGCUAAUGUAAAAGCAGUAGACGGACAAAUCUUGCCUGAGAGAUGCCGGCCAUGAACAUGCGAUCUCUUUAAACAUACUAAGAUGUUGAAAUGAGCUCAUUAGAAAAAGACAAGUCACCAAGAAGCACCUUAUUUCCUUACUAUGUUGAUGACUUGUUGCUCUAUCAUGUGCCACAGAAUUGACCUGGAAAAAGCUCUUAGGAAGGAAAAGACAAACCCUGACGAUAUCUGUGUAGUCCCCUCUGUAACAUAUUACAGUGAAACGCUGACUGUUGACCCAGCCAUGAGUGUAGGCCUACGCUCAUCACCACAGGACUGAUCUGCAGCCGUCUCUUACACCAACACCAAAUCAGAAGUUCAGACACGUUAGCCAUUACUGGAAGGAAUGCGAGCAGACGAGUGCUGUAGGUGUUUAUAGGUUAAGAGUAGGUCACAGCGUCGGUCUUAAAGCAGGACUGUAAAACACAAACACCACGACUAGGCUAGAGAAUAUAGCUCAACUGGCCGAAAUAUUAUGUCUAGAUUCACUAGGAGUCAUUUACUUAACUGCUUUCAACUUUUGACAUUAGUACAAAUAUGUGUAUCGCAACAGUACAUUGUUAGAAGAGGCUUUUUUCUGUGGCGAGCCAGAGUGUGAUCCCGUAUACGAAGCCCUCUCACGAUUCACUCGCCAGAUAACAGUACACACACACACUCACACAGGUAUUCAGUUGCAUUGGUUACCUGAAGCUUUCUCUCUGCUUUUGUGCUGAUGUGAUUUUGUGCAGUUUAUCAGAGAUCAUCUGGUAACACAUUCAACUGACUCAACAUCACACACACACGCACACAACAGAUAAACAACAAGGUAACAGUGUCGUCACUUGGACACGGAAAUGAUCAGCUACAUAAACACACACACACUCAAACAUACUCGUUAAACCCUGAGUGACACAGUAGCUAGUUUGGAGAAAAAAAAGUCAACACAACACAAUGUAGUUUCUCUCUGUUGUCCUCGUCUGUUUUAGUUCAAUAGAUAAUUGAUUUUUGUUUAUCAACCCCCCUUCCACUUCCCCUCCUUUCCACUUCCUCUAAAACUGUUAAUUCACUUAUCUCUGCUUAUCACACACACGCACACACACACCAUAUCCAUUGAUUCUCAUUAAACGCAGACGCACACAAACGCAGAUAUCGUACACACAGGUUAGCCCCUCCCUCUCAGUUUCCCUCUUUCUUUCACCUGUACCCUCCUUCACUCUCUCUCUCUCCCUCUCUCUCUCUCAUCCCCCUCCCUCUCUCUCCUUUGGCACCAUCCCCAUUGGCCGUUUUUUAAUUUAGUCUCUUUUCUCUUUGGGCUGCCCCGCCCCGUAAUCAACCCGACUAACAGUAAGGUUAUAUUAACGUUGAUAAUCAGUUUCUGUGUGUAUCUAGCCAGAGUCUGGGAAAAAAAUCAGAAAAAAAUCAAAACUGUUUUAUUCAAUUGUGCAAAUGUGUUUUCUUACUAUUUUUAAUGUUAUUACAUCUUCUAAUCCUUCUACCAUUGCUUCAGUUAGUACUGAAAUAUGCUUAGCCAACCUAGAGAUUUGAACUGUAACGAUUGCGAUUUUCCUUACCUGUAUUUUAUAUGGCAUCUUUAGACCACUUCACCAUUUAUUCUGUGCGUAAGUAAAUAUUGCCCGUUUUUUCAUUGUCUGCACUGUUUGAUUCUCAAAAUAUCCCCGAUUUCGUGGUCGACUCCUCAGUGGAAGCUGAACUCUGCGCCCUUGCACAAAGCAGUGAAACAUCUCUUGUAAACACCUGAGAACCAAACCAAAGUGCACCCCCCCCCCAUAGUACCCCCACCCUCACACUGACAGCCCUCCCCAGUUACAAGUUUUCUGAUCAGUAUGAUUUUAUAUAUAUAUAUAUAUAUAUAUAUAUGAAAUGACAUUACAGCACGUGUGAUCUUACAAGUGUGUGACAGUGUGUUUACACUGUGGUUGCUGUGGAGACACAGACAGGAAGAAGGAACUGAGUGCGUUUGUGGAUGAUGAGCGACCGAGUGUGCAGGUUCAGUCAGUGAGUUUGUUGUUAGUAGUUUCAUUGACUGAACUUAUCUGGUGUGAACUGCUGCACAUGCUCACAUCUGCCCUAACACACAGGACCAACCAACAUGCUUCAGUCAUGCUGGGUUUAACGCCCUCGUGUUUUUUUACAUGUUGAAAGUUGUGCUCUCUCAAACUUGCCUUUGAUUGAUGGCGCACAGUUACAGAGCCUCUUCAUAUUGUUGGUGGAUGUGGAGGCUGCUGAAUUUUCCUCACAAAACAAACCUUAGACUGGCUGGCCUCAUAAAUAUGAAUCAAUAUUGAUAGUGAAUAGUUAAUUAAAUGAAUUUAAUAUGAAUCCAGCAGCAAUGAAUAGUCAAGAAAUUGAAAAAUAUAACUAAACUUUUUAUUUUCAUUUUCAGAAGUUGCAUAAAUGACCGUAGGUAACCGGACUUGCUUGUUUCUCAAAGAUGUUUCCUCAAAGAAGCUUCUUCAGUUCUGACUAAUGGGAGGUUUCAGGUAUUUAACCUCUGUGAGUGUAACCCUCUUUCAAACCAUCCCUCUUCUCUGGACAAAAUAAAAACAUUACCUCAGAAGAGUGUCACUUGUCCUCGAAGUGUAAGUGAACUGCUUAGUCCUGCCCAGAGGAACUGGUUCUCCUGUGCCAUCUGUUUCUGUAGUGGUUGAUUCCUGGAUGUGUAGGUCUGAGCAAUCCCCAUUGCGUUGGAUUGUAUAAACCACAUUGUCCUGUUUGUGUCGGGGUGAACACUCUUUAGUGUGUUGCUAGACUUGAAAUGCACAGUUAAACCUGUACAGAGGUUAAAUACCUGAAACCUCCCAUUAGUCAGUUAAGCCUCUUGGAUGAGAAGUGAAACGUCUUCAAGAAAAACAAAUGAGUCCAGUUUCCUCCACUUGUAAAACUUGUGGAGACGAUGAAGUGGAUGGUACAUUUUUAUUCAUCUACUUGAGCUGAUACUUAUGUGAAGGUAAAAAAUCUUAGGGUUUUUGACCAAACUAUGAAUUUCAAGAUGUCAAUGGUCAAUUUUUGUAAAUUGUGAUGGAGAUUUUUGACCACUAUUGCCACCAUAGGCCGAAUAGAGAAAAUACUGUUCUGGAAAAUUGUUAAUUAAUGUUAACUACUGUCCCAAGUUAAUCCAUCUCAGCUGAAGUGACUCGAGGAAAAUUCUGUGUUAAAGACCAAGAGUCUUGUCAGGUGGAUCAAUGUGAAGAGAACAGAACGAAGUGAUGUAGAAGUUGAACAUCUAUCAGAAACGAGUCACCUCUUUUCUACCUGUUCUGAUCUUGUCACAUCAAUUUGUCCAGUUUGAUUAAAAGUCUUUAUUCUGUCUGUCUCUCUACACUGCCCCCCCACCCCACCCCCCCCCUUCCCGCCUCGAUGGCGGAGACAGAGGCUGGAGUUGAUUCUGUCACGUUAGUCAACAUGUAAACCAGUGCAUGUACUUCAGCACCCAGGUCCCCCUAAACCUACCUGUGCAGAGAAAAGGUUCAAAUUUAUCCAUAAUAUUGUUAUAGAAAUAUUAUCAUUAUUGCCGUUAUAAUUAUUUGGUAUAAUUUGUCAUUGUUAGCAUUAUGGAAGCACCAGACUGUUUGUGGAAAGACGAGAAAAAGAAAGCAUUUAGUUUCUCUUUAUUUUUUUUGAUUUGUCCGGCUGUUGUUGGUCUGCUCUCACAGAGGGAGGGGAGGAAAGGUGUAGAAAGAGAAAGAUGGCAGUCAUGUUUGUACUGGUUGGGAAAUGACUUACAGUGCUGAAAUAAAAUUUAUUCUUUUAGUAAAAAAAAGUA